AGGUUGGUAUAGAAAAUUUUCUGACUGGGGAUCAAGGCUUUAAUGUUACUACUGGAGCAGUUUGUACAUUUUUUGACCUUCUUUACUGGACAUAAGGGGGAAUAGGGAGGCCAUCCUAGUAGAUGACUAUACAUGUGGGUGUUUGCGUGUACCAUCAUUGUAUUUAGGGUUUGAGGCGCUAAUCUAGAUGUUUUUUUAAAUGUAAUCUAGAUGUUCGUUACCUUGAUGUUCGAUGGAGAAUAAAUUGUUAUUUCUGGAGCGGCGGUCAAUAAACAGAGCCCUUCAGUGUUUACUUGGUGCAUGAGAAGUUGUAUUUUCUUCGGAGUUGUCAUGCCGGCAUAACCUCAGUUGAACCAAGAGCUGUGGCAUGCGUGCUUCAGCGGGUUGAUUGAUAAACUCGAGCCAACAAGGGAGCGGAUGUUUCAUCGCCGCCUCUGAUGGUAAGCAUGAUCAUUUCUAUCUCGGUACUGGUGUCACAGGAGCAGGCCUGUGCAUUAACAAGUAUGCUUUGUUAAAAAUGUAAACCUGCCUGUUGCGAUAUCCGAGAGAGUUCUGCUGCCAAUUUUUGUACUGUACGUACUACGUUGUGGUUUUGUGCAUAUACUUGCGUCGACUCGUCACCUGUGGUAAGUUGUAAAUUGGUCUUGUCUAAGCAGUGCCCGCUCCUGUCAUCAAGCAGUACAUGAGUGCCCUCCGUUCCUAGUGAUGCAUGGAGAUCGGUACUGAUGAGCAAUUAUCACCCUCACUAAAGCUGUGGCGACAGCAGGCGUCAGUGCGGACUUGCACCGUGAGUACUUUCCACGAGUCAAGGUAAAAAGAUCCACAGGCUAAAACAACAAUAUGGCAUACAGGAUAGAGAUGAGAGGCGAAGGCAAGCCGAGCAAUGCGUCCGCAUCGCUGCGCAUGAUCCUACUGCACUACUGCUGUGCUGCUUGUUGGUGCUGAAUGGUGUUGGUUUCGGCCUCAGCUGCUCACGCGCGCGCUCCCCCCACCACUCUGACUCCGCCACCCGCGGCCACCGCACCGCUCUCCUCCUCCACCCUACCGUUGCCUCGCCACAACGCCACGGCCACCCAGGUCGCGCGCACGUGUCCCCGCCUCAUCUCCCACCUCACCUACUCUCUCCCGGUCGGCCUCAGCUCAGCUCACUCCCCCCCGCGCUCCAGCCCAUGUAAAUGUCUCGCAAUCCCCACGCCACCUCCAAUGCCGCCCGCAAUGGCCACGCUCACCACGACCGCCCCUCCUCCGCCCCUCAUCCUGCUCACCACCCUCCUCCUCCUCCUCCUCGCUGACGCCGCCGCGGUGCGUUUCGACUACGCGACCCUCACCCUCGCCACGCUCGAGCUGCUCGGCGACGCGCACCUCAACAACAACACCAUCCGCCUCACGCGGGACCUGCCGGUGCCCACCUCGGCAUCGGGCCGCGCGCUCUACGCGGCCCCCGUGCGCCUCCUCGCGGGAUUCUCCACCAGCUUCGCAUUCACCGUCACCACGCUCAACCGGGGCUCCGUCGGCGGCGGGCUGGCCUUCGUCGUCGCCCCCGACGCCGCCUCCGUCGGCGACGCCGGGGCGUUCAUCGGGCUCGACCCCGCCGCCGACGUCGCCGUCGAGUUCGACACGCUCAUGGACCUCGAGUUCGGCGACGUCAACGGGAACCACGUCGGCGUCGAUCUCGGCAGCAUGGUCUCCGCCGCCGCCGCCGAUCUGGGCUUGGCCGGGGUCGAGCUCACCAGCGGGCGGACCGUGUACGCCUGGAUUGAAUACUCGCCGGGGAAGGCCAUGGAUGUCUUCGUGUCCUACUCGGCCAAGCGGCCCGCGGCGCCGGUUCUGUCCACGCCCGUCGAUCUGGCGGGCUAUGUCAAGGAGCAGGCUUUCGUCGGGUUCUCCGCGUCCACGCAGGGGAGCACGGAGAUCCACGCCAUCGAGUGGUGGAGCUUCUCUACCCCGUCGCCGCCUUCCCCGGCGCCGUCCAAGCCGCCGCCGGUAGCGCCCCCUCCGGCGAGCCCCAUCAACCCGACGCUUCCAUCCACUCCGCAGCUCCCGGGCAUCACGCCGCCGGCGACACCAGCGACGGUUUCGGCACCGCCGACCAGCUCAGUUACUGCCGCGAGCGCCCCGGCCAAUUCGGUUUUUCGGAAGAAUGCCAAGACGCCGCACCCGCCUGCACAUGGGGCCGUGGCCGGCGCCGCGACGGCGGGGGCGGUCGUGGCGGCGUCGUUCGCGGGCUUCGCGCUCUGGGCGCUCGCGCGCCGCGCCAAGGCCAGGAAGCGGGACGCCGUGGCGGUGGCCACGAAGCGCGACAACGUGGCGUCGGCGGCGGCCAUGGCGCGCUCCCCGCGGGAGUUCUCCUACAAGGAGCUCAGCGCCGCGACGCGGGGCUUCGACUCGUCCCGCGUCAUCGGCAACGGCGCGUUCGGCGUCGUGUACAAGGGCAUCGUCCCGGACACGGGCGCCAUGGUGGCCGUGAAGCGGUGCACCAACGCCAGCGCCGACGGCGCGCAGGCGCGGGCCGAGUUCCUCUCGGAGCUCUCCAUCAUCGCCGGCCUCCGCCACCGCAACCUCCUCCGGCUCCAGGGCUGGUGCUACGAGAAAGGCGAGAUCCUGCUGGUCUACGACUACAUGCGCAACGGCAGCCUGGACCGGACCCUCUUCGACGCCGCGUCCCCGGCCCUGCCGUGGCGCCACCGCCACGAGAUCCUCGCCGGCGUCGCCUCGGCGCUGGCCUACCUCCACCACGAGUGCGAGCGCCGCGUCAUCCACCGGGACGUCAAGUCGAGCAACGUGAUGCUGGACGAGUCGUACCGCGCGCGGCUCGGCGACUUCGGGCUGGCGCGGCAGGCGGAGCACGGCGCGUCCCCGGACGCCACGGCGGCCGCCGGCACGAUGGGAUACCUGGCGCCGGAGUACAUGCUGACGGGCCGCGCCACGGAGGCCACCGACGUGUUCAGCUUCGGCGCGCUGGUGCUGGAGGUGGCGUCCGGGCGGCGGCCCAUCGGCACCGAGGGCCGGUGCAACAACCUGGUGGAGUGGGUGUGGACCCUGCACGGCGAGGCGCGCGUGCUCGACGCCGUCGACCCGCGGCUCGGCGGCGAGUACGACGAGGGGGAGAUGCGGCGGGUGCUGCUGGUCGGCCUCGCGUGCUCCAGCCCGGACCCGAACCGCCGGCCGGGGAUGCGCUCCGUGGUGCAGAUGCUGAGCGGCGAGGCCGACCCGCCGUUCGUGCCGGCGGCGAGGCCGUCCAUGAGCUUCAGCGCCAACCACCAGCUGCUGCUCAGUCUCCAGGACAGCGUGUCCGACUACAACGCGCUGGGCCUGAACCUGUCGGACGACUCCUCGUCCGACUCGCUGAGCUCGUCGUCGCUCACCAGCACCCUUCGCAAGGGCGGCCACGACAUCGGGUUCAGCAGCACCGGCGGCGACCCCCGGUGACCCCUCUUGAAAUGCAAACGAGAUUAGUUGAGAACUUCAAAUGUAUGUAUUGAUUGAUGAGAGGGUACAUUUAGAUUAGCAUUGGGCUGUGAUAACCGUCCUAAAAUAUCUCUUUGUGAUAAUAAUUCAGGUUUCAGAUGGUUCAUUCAA